CAGACAGAGAAGAGGUGAGAAUGAAUGAGGGGCGAGUGGAGACGUACGUCCUCUGCACAUUCGCUGCACUGCGAUGCAGCGACCUGGACUGUCUGCCUCAGGCUGUAUGUAUGUGUGCAUAUAUAUAUACAGGCACCUGGCUGGCUCCGCUCCCUCCUGGCUGGCUGGCUGGCUUCACUCGCAUACAUCACGUACGUCAAUGCAAUCAAUCCACCGAUGUGAUUGAUAUGCGUAUUCACUGUGUAUAUAUAUAUUACGUGUACAUACGUACAAACGCGUGCGUACAUAUGUACGUACGUAUUGGGUAGCGGCUGAGUGAGGUGCAGACGCGGUCGCAUCACGGGGCCGGCUUGUACUUGCCUAUCAACUGCACACACACACGAAACCAUCCAUACAUUUCAUAUCACCCACACACAAACAGGGGAACUCGUCAAGUCGUUAGUCAGAUGGGUGGUGUGGUGUCGUGUGGUGUGGCGCUUGGUGCUUCCCUCCGUCCUUUCGUGGGUGGCUUACAUCUCUGAGCCAUGUCGCAUUCUGUGCGCAUUGUGGGUCAUCAGACUCCUGCGCCUGCUUGAUGAGCUUCUCCAGGAAGUUGGCUUUCACCAGGUGAGCCGUCAACUCCUCCUUGUACGCACACACCAAAUCACUGCACAUAAAACACACACACACACACACAGAGAGAGAGAGAGAGAGAGAGCCGACGGAUGCACCCGUCGUAGGUGUGAAUGGACAUACAUACAUCAGCUGGCUGUGUGGCUUCAAAGGUUCGUGUGUGGUCACUUGCCCACCCGGUGACAGCGACAGCCGACUUGAGUACUUUGUCGUGUGGUGGGUCCUCUGUGAUGCGGUGCACCAGCUCCAGCACACCGUUGACGUGCAGCUUAAAACUGUUGAGCAAACUCGCGUCCUUCAAACCGUGAAUGAUACCUGAGAGGCAAGGCAAGGCAAGGUGGGCACCACACCCAGCCAUCCAUCCAGUCAACACACAACGAACAGGUUGGAUCGAUGGAUGGAUGGAUGGGUGCGUGUGCGUCAGUCAACGCAACCGUGUUGUGUUGGUGCAGUCAGUGCAGUGCAGUGCAUACGUCCGUACCAGUGUAGGCCUGCAGGACUCCGUCCCUGAGUGAGUGUAUGUAGUCGACCCACUCCUCGUUGUCCUGCGGGCCGUGCUCGAUGCGCGUGGCGGAUGCCUCGGCCAGAACCGCCACCACGGGCUGCAGUGUCUUCUCGAACUCCCCGGUGAUGGCCAUGGCGAUGUCACCGAAGCACACCAUGAUGACGGGCUUCAGCUUCCGGUCUACCUUGGGGUUCUGCAAGUUGUUGUACAAGGCGUUCAGAAUCGGCUCGCAGUACCUGACAGACAGUAGGCACAUCACACACAUCACAACAAGACAGACAAGAACCUGCACUGCAUGGUGGGGGGUGUGUGUGUGUGGUGGUGGUGCCGUGCGAGGUGGUGCCUACGGGAGCAUCUUGGAGCCCAUCGCACGACACAGAUCGCCCACCACCUCGUUGGAUAUACGACACACCUGAGUGCAGGCAGACAGAGAGAGGGACAGACAGACAGAGGGGCAGCAGAGCUUAGGGCGGGGGUGUGUUGCAUUGCAAUCAAUGCGUGUCUGUGUGCACUUCACGCGUGCAUCUAUCUGUCGGCCGCUUAGCUUACGGUCGUUUCCUCAUAAUUGCUGAGGCCCGCCUGCAGGUAGGGAAAAAAGUGCGGCAGGAAGACCUCGAAGUUCUCACCCAACGCUGGCGGACGCACACAACACACCCACAGCACAGAGAGGGAAAGAGCGUCGGGUUCAUUCAGAUCCGCCUGGCUGGCCGGCCUCUGAAUGAAUCGUCCAGUGCGUUUGGUUGUGUUGCAUGUACCGAAUGCGAGCGCCGAGAUAGCAAGGAGGGCUUCCUCAUGGAUUGAGUUGGCAUGUGUCUGGCCGUACUGCUGGAUGACCUUCAUGUAGGCCGCAAAUAGACGCUCCUUGACGGGCUGAAUCUUCUCCUUCAACCUGACAGAUAGGUAUAUAUAUCGACACAUGCAUAGAAUCCAAUCCACGGCGCAUACACUCACGCACCGCACCGCACGUCCUGCCCUCUCUGAGCGCCUCUGUGCUGUGCGGGUGAGUGUGAGUGGGGGGUGAGCGGGGGUAGGGUAGGUACGUUACCUGACUGUGAGUACUUGCAGGCAUCCGCAGAGGGAGCCCUGCACGUCCAUGACCUUGUGGUAGUUGGGAUCGGCUGCCGUAAUUUGAAACGUCGCCUCCAGCCUAUACACACACACACACACACACACAGAUGCAGGAGGGACGCCACGGAUAACUGCCUGUUGUCCGUCCGUGUACUUUUCGAGUAUGGCUACGGUGAUCUGUUCCAUCAUGGGCACGCAAUCCAUGCCAGCCUGGACCAACCAAUGUGCACACACCACAAACACACAUAACAUACUCACACGCACUUGUAUGCUUUUCUUUCAGGCUGUUUCUCUGCAUCUAGAUGUGCAUCUGUCGGUCUGUCUGUCUGUCUGUGUGGGUCACCGUCCCGUCCGUCCCCUGCCCACCCCACCUUGCCGAUGAGCAUGCUCAACGCACUGUACGCGGCCUCACCCAAAUUCUUCUCCUCCUGAAUACAGAGAGAGACACAGGCGACGCACACACGAUAUAUGGGGCUGGCUGGCUGGCUGGCUGGCCUUGUUUAGCUUGUGCAGUGCAUGGGAUGGGUAGGGUACCGACCGCAUCAGGUCUACUGGCAGUGACAAUGAGCUCCCGUGCGAGUGAGAAGAACGGCUCGGACAAGAUCGUACACUGCGCCGGCGGAUCUGCACACGGGCACACAGCCAUCCAUCCAUCCCUCCCUCCAUAUGUGUAUGCACCAGGAUAAAUGCAGUGAGGGCGACGGUACCUAGGGUGCCCCGCCCCGCCCCGCCCGUGUGUACCGACCGUACCUUUGGCGUCGUAGGGGUGUGUCUCUGCGAGUACGUGUAUGACCCAGCAGAUGUUGGCCGCUACCCGCGGCUCGUCCUUCAACUUCUCCAACAACACCUUGACCAAACCCUGAAUGAACCACACACACAUCAUACCAUCCAUCCACACACGCAUAGCGUUCAUAGAUCGACUCGAUACACACGCACUGCACUCGAUGGAUGGAUGGUAUGUUGUGUACAUAACAUGGAUACAUACCGCCUGUGAGUUGCCGACGUGUUCGGCGAUAAUGGUUUCGUGGAACUGAGCGAUGCGGGCGAUGGUCCAGGCCGUCGUGUCACGAACCGCCACCGACGGGUCACCCAACAGACCCAUCAAAAAUGUAAACGACUGACCAAUCGAAUGAUGGCAACACACCCACCGCACACGACAUGAGUAAGUGUCGUUUGGCCGCUGUAUGGUAUGGUGUGUGUAUGUGCCCGGCACCCCACCUACCGAUGCAACAGGCUGUGCCAGCUUGUCGGACGAAGGCCCCUCCAUGAUAGAACCUAGUAGAUAGAUGCCAUGCCACCCACACACCCAUUCACGUCACACACGCACACACGCUUCCCUCCCUCCCUCCACGUGUGUCCCCAGCCCACAGUGUGACCGCAACCACCCACCAUACUGCCGUACCGUAUGCGAGUAUUGCGGCUUCUCUUUGGUUCCACUGUGCGGACUGGUAGUUGUUUUGGACGAAUGUGAGUACGUGUUCGAUGAUGGCGUCCCCGACGACCUGGGCGACGAGUGAGAGGCAGGUGCCCGACGCCAUGGCCAGAGUCCACUCAUCCUCAACCUCCUCACUCUUCUAGUGACCGACAGACAGACAGACAGACAGACAGACAGGGGGACACACAACGCAAUGCAACGCCAACGUACGUUAGUUAGUUAAUACAGACAACAGAUACACACACACACACACACCAGAAAUAAGGAAAUUGUGCAAUCCCUCCCCCCGCGUGUGUCCUCCCUCUCCCCUCGUCGGUCGCCCUAUAUUCCUACCUACCUGUUUGGUGAGUGUGUCGAGUAGGAUGGGCAGGAGUAAGGGCAGCGCCUGCGCGAUGAACCGCUGGCUCGUCCGCUCCGGACUCUUGCCCUCGGCCUGAGCCUGAACAACCAAACAAGCAAUCGGGUGUGUGUCAUCCCAUCCGCUGUGUGCGUGUGUGUGUCAUGUGGUGCGUGUGAUGCGAUGCGUACGUCUAGUUCCAGCUCCUUGAGAAACAGCUCCUCGUCACACACAGUCGACCUGAAUCACAUACACAUGCACACACACAACCAUACAUAACCAUUGUGGUGGUGUUGUGUGCGGUAUGUUUGGUUGCUGACUGACCAGAGUUCCAUGGCCGGGAUGGCCACAGUCUCGGGCGCUGUCUUGAUGGUAUCGAGCGUCAACUGCACAAACCAACACAUACAAGGGGGGCACACACACACACACCCCAGCAGGCGGGGACGCAGGGACCGACACGUGAGUUUAACUCAUUCUCCCGUCCGUCGGUCGGUCCUUCUGUCUGUGCACACCUACCUACCGUGGCUAUGGGUGCCAUGUAGGGCUGCAAGUAGUCGUAGUACUCGGUCGCUAUCUGCACCCAUCGCAUCCCAUCCAGGGUUCGGUCAGCGCGUCCACACACACAGAGGAUCGAUUCGCUCCAUGAGAUGUAUGACAUACGGAACCACCCACCCCCCACCUGCUGACUGACCUACCUGUACGAGGCACUCGAAUGCGGCCACCUGGACCUUCCCAUUGGGGCCCUUGCAGUUCUCACUCACUACUUGGAAUAUGAAAUUCCGCUCAGUCUACACACACACACACACAGACAGACACAGCGAGUGGGGAGCGAAUGAUAUCUGGCUGGCUGUUUCAUUCACUGGGUGUGCGUGUCUGUGUGUGUGUGUCUGUGCACCUGACCUCGUUGUCGAAGUUUCUCUGGGCGAGUACCAGUGCAUGGUAGAGCGCCUUGGUCGCCGCCUCCUUGCAACUCGCGUCCUCCAAACGCAUUCCUAAACAUACACACCAUACAUACAUGGCAUGGGGGACACACACGGAUAAGUGGAUGGAUGGAUGGAUGUCUGUCCGUCGGUGGCUGCGCUGCGUGUGUUGCUGUGUGUGUCCAUCCAUCCAUCCAUCCAUCCUCGCUUCGCUUCGCUUCGCUUCGCUUCACUGGUUGGUUGUUUGGUUACCCUGCACGACUGCGGUGAGUAUGCUGUUGGUGAGGUCACUGGGGAUGAUGUCCGCAGUCGCACCAUCAUUCAAGAUGAUGUUCGCCUGACCAACACACACACACACAGACAGAGGCAAGCAGGUUGCACAGCUGCGUCGUGUGCAUCAAUCAGAUCUGAUAGCUCGAGAUCGCCCUGAUGGCUGCCUGGCUGCGGGCUGGGUGGCUGCGCGUCUGGUGUCGUGAGCCGACCCUUGCCUAUCUCCGCUUACCUUGACCCCCAGACUGGCUCACUGACUGACUGACUGAGGGUGCGUUAGGCAUACAUACCAGUUCCUCGCAAAGGUAUGAGAGCGCUGUGAGGGCGGUUUGUUUGGCGGUGUUGUCGCCCUCGGUGACCACGUUGAGCAGCACCGGCACCAAGUUCGGCCACUUGCCCAAAGGCAACUCGCACGCACCCACCUUGGCUAUCACCUACACACACACACACCCCAUGCCGUCCGUCUGUCUGCCGGUCAUUCCGUCCCCACCGUGUACGCCCACUGUGGCCCCCCCGCCCCCCCGCCCCGCUCCAGCCAGCCCAGCGAUGUGUGUACGGUAGGUAGGGUAGGUGCGAGUGUGUAGUCUAUGUACCUACCUGGCAUGCGGCUACCCGCGGCGCAGGCUGCGUGGCACUCAAAGCAGACAGGACCUGCAUGGCAUGGCAUGCCAUGGGAUGGGUGGCACGCAUACAGCAAACACGCAGCCCUUGGCAAUCCGGCAAUCAAUGUAUGAGCUUCCUUCCUUCCUUCCUUCCUUUGUUUGUUCCUUACUGUGUCUUUGAUGUUGUUCUUGACGCCCUCGUCAAGUUCAAGCCAGCGGGUCUUGCGCUCCUGGUCCAGCGACCGGUCCUAAUUCACAGACAGACACGUACGGUACACACACAUGCGAUGAGUACAUUCGUAAACAGACAGGUACGUACUAUGGGUAGGUACCCUACCUGUGCGGAGACUGAGUUUUUGAGUAAAAUGCCGGCGAGCUGUCGUGAGGUGGCGUCCUUGGCGUCCGACGCCAACUCCUUGGCCAAGGCCGUGUAGAACUGACCCUGCACACCACACAUGGCAUCACACAACACAACAUCACAUAGCGCACACACCAAAUCGGACCCCUUGAUUCGUGAGGGAGGCGCCGUGUAUGUAUCUAUUAAUUGUGCCGUCCGUUGGGGUGUGCGUGCCGUACCGCAUUGUUGGCUUCAGCCUCCUUGAGCUGCUUCUCGGCGGCAGUGCGCUUCUCGUAGUCUGCACCACACGACACACAGCACAGGCCCGGCCAACACCCAACGUAUACACCCAGACGUAUACACCUCAUGGUGAGGUGCAUGUCAGAGGGUCUGCUGGCCCGCUGCCGGGCGCCUGCACUCCCCAUCUCUCUCUCUGACUCGACGCCCCGCCCUGCGCAGCGCCGUGUGUGUGAGAGUGUGACGUGCUGACCUGGAUCUGUCGCCGCAGUGAGCAGCAUCUGCGUGAGGGACUCCAUCUUCUACACAACCCAAUCAACACCUACAGCUACCUAACCUGCUGGCCAGAGGAGACGAUUGCCGUCCGUCCGUCGGUCGGUCUGUCUGUCUGUGAUGCUGAGAACUACCAGCCCUUCAGCAACCGCACAAACGCACACGGCUUCUCUGAUGCUCCUGCUCUCUGUCUAAUCCCAAACGCGAUUCAACUGUCGGU